AUGUCGGCCCAGGAUAUCGGCAACGCGUUCAUCGGUCACUACUACACGACCUUUGACGGCAACCGCGCCGCUUUGGCCUCGCUCUACAGCGACCGCUCGACGCUCAGCUUCGACAAGGACACGUUCCAGGGCACGCAGGCCAUCUUGGAGAAGCUGAGCAAGCUCCCGUCGACGCAGCACCGUGUCGACACGACGGUCAUCCAGCCUUCCGUGAGCGACAACGCGAUCUUGAUCGUGGUCACGGGCAAGCUCGUCAUUGACGGCGGCAACCCGCUGCAGUUUGCCCAGACAUUCCAGCUCGUCGCCCACGCGCCCGGCCAGUUCUACAUCCACAACGACUUUUUCAGUCUCAUUUAUGGAUAA